CAGAUUACAGUUAAACUAAAGGCGGUUCAAGUUUCCUCUUCUGUAAAUCUUUCCUUAUAUAUACACACACUUGGAGCUCAAGUUCUUGUUCUUUCUUAUAACUCAAAACACACAAAGAAACGAUUCAACGCUAAAGACUAUUUUUUACCAAUGGAUUACUCAGAGCAAGAAGAAAGAUCAACGAUAUCUGAAUCUGGAAGCUCUAACUCGUACGAUCAGCAACGACCGUCGUUCGCCGACGAGCUCGGGCUCAUGGAGCUGCUUGAAGGCGAUAGAGCUUACGAUCUUAUCUACCGAAACUGUAAAUCUGCUCUCGGGGACCAAUGCGAUCUUCUCUCGAUUCUGAGAAACGGGUUUGCCACCGUUGGAUCUCGCGCUAAGCUCAAAGCUUUCCAGGUUUUUCAAGAGGCGGUGGAGAUGAAGCAUGUCAGUGAAGGCGGCGGCAAAGCUAGAGUUAAGUACGGUUGGUGCGCCGUCAAGAAAACAGAGUUGAAGUCGGUUCUUGAAUACGGUUUUAGCCAGCCAAGAAACGAUGGAUGUUAUGGCCGUGGAUUGUAUCUCUCCCCGGAUAAUGCUCUUCUUGAAUGUUUGAAGGACUCAGCUGCUGAAUCAGAAGAUGGGAUGAGAUUCUUGCUGCUUUCGAGAGUUAUACUUGGAAAGUCAGAGAUUGUUCCACUAGGCUCGACUCAGUCAUGUCCGAGCUCUCCAGAGUUUGAUUCAGGUGUAGAUGAUUUAGCUUCUCCGAGCAAGUAUAUUGUGUGGAGUACACACAUGAACACACAUGUGUUGCCUGAGUUUCUUGUCUGCAUCAAAGCUCCAUUUAACAUCAACAGAAGUGCAAAGAGAUUGAGAUCACCAUGGAUGGCGUUUCCUGUACUGAUCAAAGCAUUAUCCAAGUUCCUACCUCCUUCUCAAAUACUCAUCAUUCAAAAACACUAUAAAGAUCAGCAAAACAGGAGAAUCUCAAGGAGUGAGCUAAUACAACGAGUCAGACACAUAACCGGUGACAAGUUGCUUGUUCAUAUCAUCAAAGCUUUUGGACAUAAAGUACAACACUAAAACUUAAGCGCACAUGGUUUGUAUCUGCUGGGCUAGGAUUAAGGCCGGUCCACAGAUUAGUCUCUAAGGCUAAGCCAUGUGUCUGUUGUUUUUUUCAAGAUAGUGACGAAUUCUUCUUGUAAUAGAUAACGAUUGAUGAAAAAAUAUUAAGAUAGAAUGUAGUGGCAGCUCAAAAAUGUUUCGAGUCCCCCGGGACAAUUUCUUUGGAGCGAUCUAAUAAAUAUUUCGAUUUCUGUAA